AUGGUCGUGGCAUUCCAGUUCAAAUGUGAAGUAAACAAAUGUGUAUUAAGGGACUUCUCCCCCAGCAGCGAGGGAACAUAUGUGUUUAAGCACCUUCCUCGCGAAACUCUCUUCGUAAUAUUAAACUUUCGCGAUAGUGUGGAUGUAAGGAAUAAUAGAAUCACAUUCUUCGAUGUUAAAAAUACAUCUUCGAACGUUACCACCUUGAAGAUGGAUGGUAACCCAAUCGAUUGUUCGUGGCGAUCGCGACAGCAGAAGGAAAGUGUAAAAUGCAGAUUCAGCUUAAGUAUUGAUGAGAUCGAGGACAGCUCAAACUGCAAAUGUAGCCAUUUGUUGUGA